AGAUUUAUCGUCCCUUCAACUGACAUUGCUGGGUUGGUGGACUCAGAAGCUUGGUACACCAGCUCUCUCGAUGUCUCACUCAAGCGUCGCUCCUACGUCGACACCACCCUUCAUGCGGUUUCUGUGGCCACCGCUCCCACCCCCUUCACCGCUUCCUCUAACGGCGCUUCCCAUCGCCCCGCCAACAUCAAACGCCACAGUCAGUCAGGUCUUCGGUUGUCCCGCAAAACUCUUGCUCAAAUUGCCCGAACUCCUCCACGGCUUCGUCUUACAGCACGGCUGGACAAACUCACAGUGCUGCCGUCCCACAGCCUGCACAUUGCUAUUGAGGCGACUGGAGCCUUGGUUGUCCGUGAAAUCCAAGGCAGCGUUGGCGAAGUCGCUGCUAGCGAUGCUGCAGUUGAGGGGCGAGGUGCCGGCCUUUCUGGCUGCUUUAGUGCUCUCAGAAGUUCAAGAACAAGGUGAACCAAUUUUCAGGCUGUUAUUUCAAUUAUCCUUCUGGGAGUGUUUUUGUACUUGUUGA